AUGAGUGAGAAAACAGCCUCCUUUUCCAACGAGGAGAACUUCAAGUUUUUUGGACUCGGAGGGUGUAAUGAAGUUGGUCGAUCAUGUCAUAUCAUUGAAUAUAAAAACAAGGUGAUUAUGUUGGAUGCUGGGAUGCAUCCUGCAUUGAGUGGGCAUGCAUCAUUUCCGUAUUUUGAUGAGUACGAUUUAUCUAAAGUUGACAUUCUAUUGGUGAGUCAUUUCCAUGUGGACCAUUCGGCUUCAUUACCUUAUGUCAUGCAACAAUCAAAUUUUAGAGGCAAGGUUUUCAUGACACAUGCGACUAAGGCGAUAUACCGUUGGUUGAUGCAAGAUUUUGUCAGAGUAACGUCUAUUGGAAACUCGAGGACUGAAGGAGGUGGUGGAAACGACGAAGGGGGAAACUUGUACACGGAUGAUGAUAUAUUUAAAUCAUUUGAUAGAAUUGAGACAAUUGAUUUUCACUCUACGAUGGAAGUUGAUGGAAUCAGAUUCACAGCUUACUAUGCAGGUCACGUUCUCGGGGCUUGCAUGUACUUGAUUGAAAUUGGUGGGUUAAAAGUACUUUUCACUGGUGAUUAUUCAAGGGAAGAAAACCGGCAUUUGCCUUCUGCGGAAGUGCCCCCUGUUAAGCCAGACGUUUUGAUCACGGAGUCAACUUUUGGUACCGGUACAUUGGAGCCCAAAGCAGAAUUGGAGAAGAAGCUAACCAAUCAUAUACACGCAACAAUAACCAAGGGAGGAAGAGUUUUAUUACCAGUUUUCGCUUUGGGUAAUGCACAAGAGCUUUUAUUGAUUCUUGAUGAAUAUUGGGAGAAAAAUGAAGAUUUACAAAAUGUCAGUGUCUAUUACUGCUCUGAUCUAGCUAGGAAAUGUAUGGCCGUUUAUGAAACCUACACAGGUAUUAUGAAUGAUAAAAUACGGCUCUCAUCAUCUUCAGAUGAUUCUAAAUCUAACCCAUUUGACUUUAAAUAUAUCAAGUCUAUCAGAAACCUUUCCAAGUUUUCAGAUUUAGGUCCAUCUGUAGUUGUAGCAACCCCGGGAAUGUUACAAGCUGGUGUUUCUAGACAAUUGUUGGAGAAAUGGGCACCAGAACAGAAAAAUCUUGUUAUAUUAACAGGUUAUUCCGUAGAAGGAACAAUGGCAAAAGAUUUGUUAAAGGAACCACAAGUGAUACAAUCGUUGAACAACCCUGAUUUAAGUAUUCCACGAAGAAUAGGAAUAGAAGAGAUUUCAUUUGCUGCACAUGUCGACUUUCAACAAAACUCAGAAUUCAUUGAUAAGGUGUCUCCCUCAAGAAUUAUUUUGGUGCAUGGAGAUUCAGUUCCUAUGGGUAGAUUGAAGUCAGCUUUAUUGAGUAAGUACUCCUCACGAAAGGGAACCGAUAAAGAAGUCAAAGUAUUUAACCCGAGAAAUUGCGAGGAGCUAAAUAUUGCAUUCAAGGGAUUGAAAAUUGCUAAAGUACUCGGUUCACUUGCAGAGGCUCAGUUGCAAGCGUUGAAGCAGGAAAUUGAAGAGAAAAUUACCGAAGCUGACGACGCUACAGAAGAUGUUAAAAUGGAGGGGGGAGAUGAUUCGAAAGAACAGGUAAAUGGAACAUCAAACACUUUCCAACCGGGGCAAAUCGUUUCUGGAGUCCUUGUCUCAAAAGACUUUGAGUUGGAUCUUGUUCAAUUACAAGACUUGAACGAAUUUACCCAGUUAUCCACCUCCAUUGUGAAAUCGAAAAUGAAUCUUAAAAUCAACGCAAAUUUACCUUUGGUGAUUUGGCAUUUAGAGCAAAUGUUUGGUUACAUCAAUAUUAUCAAUGACGAUGACAAUGAAUGGGAGUGUGUGAUUAUGGAUGUUGUAGACAUUUUAGUAGAUAGAUCAAAAGGUCCUGGUAUUUAUAUAUCCGUGGAGUGGAUUAAUGACAACUUAAUGGCUGACUCAUUGGCAGAUAGUAUAAUUGCUAUACUAUAUUCGAUUGAUUCAUCCCCAGCAUCGGUGAAAAUGUCAUCAGCUCAGCAUUCUCAUAAUCAUCAAUACACACAUAUCAAACAAGAAAACGAGAACGACGCCUCAUCCACAUCCAAGUCAGAUAUUGCGAAUCGAAUAGCCCAGAUUCAGAUACUUUUAGAGGCCCAAUUUGGUGAAGCUUUAGAGAAAUUAGAAGAUGAAAAGGCAAAGGUUUCUAUUGGGAAGAGUGUUGCAAAUAUAGACUACAGGACUUUGAAAGUCGAGUGUGCUUCAAAAGUAUUGAAAGACCGUAUAGAAACUAUUAUCAAACGUGGUACUGUGCUAACAGCACCAUUGGCUUUGCCACCUAAAUAG